GGGACGUGAGCCAGUGUGUCGUGAAGAAUUUUUUUUGUUCGCUAAAUCUCUCGCGAAUAGGUAACGUCCGUGAUUUUCGUCUUUGUAUCGUUGUUCCGAUUUGUGUACGUGUCGCGCGUCAACGCCCUUUCCGUUCAGCGCGCGACAGCGUGUCGAAAUUUAACGGGACUGCUGGCAAAAGUGGUUCCAGAGUUUGCUACUAUCUUCAUCGUAUCACGGACACGUGGUAUCACUAAAAUCACGUAUAUACAGUACGGUGUGAGUUGGAUGGAUUUUAUUCGUCGCUUCAAUUUAUCAACGUGUCUCGAUUACGUUUCGACCGCGCAGGGCCACUGUACGAAAUUUUUGUGCGUUCAACCUAUACGUGUGUGUAUAAGUGACGAAGCGAAUUCCAAAAGGCCAACGAUUUUUCUUCUACGUCAUAUGGAACCAGCUUGUACCACGCCGUCGACGAUUAAUCCGCGAGUUCGAUCGCUGUGAAUCGAAAGUGUGUGGAAUAGUCGUUCCAUUUCGAUCUUUGGAUGCCGUCGAUCGAUCCGGGUCGCCGACUACCUUUACAUAUUUUCCGCCGUAUCGUUUUCGAACAGUUCGUAUUUUUCGUGGUGGUAACUCGAUACCAAAAGUCACGCGGCCCCGACGAAAUUUCUCGGCCCGCGGACAAAGUCGAUGCUCGCGUGACCGGUGUGUUCUCCAUCUCCGUCAUCCGGCGAAACUUAGGUUCAAUUUCGCCGAUACAAGACAAGCGCGAGAACAAUUUCUCGAACACACUACCCGUACUCUAGCCCAGCCGCCUGUAGUUUACGCACGCGGUGCUUCUUGAUUACACGGAAACUCGCUUUCGGAUUAAUCUGUUUCGUUCGGACUCGGUUCGGAACGUUCGCCAACGUGCUUUCGACAGGCUCUUCUAACCUUGUCUAUGAAUGCGCGUGUGUGUGUCUUUACGUGAAAUCGUGUUAUACGCGAACUUCGUGCAUCUAUCGUGGCUGUCGAAGGCGCGGAAAGUAAGGUUAACCGUCGAAGGAACGAGCAUCUACAAAACAGGAGAGGGAAAUUCAGUGCGCUUUUUCGGUAUGUUGAUGCCAACGAGCAUCGUUGUUGCGUCGCUAACGAACGAGGACAAUUCUAUUGGCUGACUACCAAUAAGUCAACGACGAACGUCGCCAUAUCUGCGAAUUCACAGGAUCAUUGUUCGUCGGUGCCGGAUCCAAGGUUAUCGUAAACAACUUGCCAGCUCAGAUCAGAAUAGAAGAUAUAGAGGCACUGUUCUCGAACUGCGGUCAAGUGCAGUCUGUGGAGAAAUUGUCCUCGCGCGAUCCUAAUUUACAAACCGUCCUCAUCAGCUAUGAGACGCAAGAACAAGCACAGCAGGCUGUGAACCAGUUAAAUGGUCACGAGUACGAGGGUAGCCCGCUAAAAGUGGAAAUGUCUACGGUGGAGAACCGACGUAGAGGCCGCAGCCAGCGCAGCGGCGUAGCUUAUUCCGGGGUUUCGGGCUCCGGACGGCAGGCAGACUUCCCGCUCCGUAUUCUUGUACAAUCAGAAAUGGUGGGAGCCAUAAUCGGUCGCCAGGGCUCUACCAUACGUCAGAUCACUCAGAUGACGCGCGCGCGAGUCGAUGUUCACCGUAAGGACAGCCUCGGUGCUGCUGAAAAAGCUAUUACCAUCUACGGUAACCCAGAGAAUUGUACGAAUGCUUGCAAGAAAAUUAUGGAGGUGACGCAGCAAGAGGCUUACGGUUUGAGUAAAGGCGAGAUCUCAUUGAGGAUUCUUGCGCACAACAAUUUGAUUGGACGAAUUAUCGGAAAGGGUGGUACCACCAUUAAGAAAAUCAUGCAGGAUACAGAUACGAAGAUCACCGUAAGCAGUAUCAAUGACAUCAACAACUUCAAUCUCGAGCGCAUUAUCACGGUGAAAGGCAGCAUCGAUAACAUGAGCAAAGCUGAAUCUAUGAUUUCCAGCAAAUUACGCCAAAGCUACGAAAAUGACUUGCAAGCAAUGGCUCCUCAAAGCUUGAUGUUUCCUGGUUUACAUCCAAUGGCUAUGAUGUCCACUGCUGGUAUGGGAUACAGCUCACGUGGUCCGGGCUUGUAUGGCACCGGACCAGCCCCAUAUCCUUAUCAAACCAGUUUGCCUACGCAGCAAGGUAUUCCAAUAGGAGAUACGCAAGAAACUGCGUUCCUCUACAUUCCGAAUACGAGUGUAGGGGCAAUCAUAGGAAGCAAGGGUUCACACAUCAGAAACAUUAUCAGAUUCUCUGGCGCCAGUGUGAAAAUCGCGCCAAUCGAGCAGGACAAGCCUGUAGAACAACAAAAUGACAGAAAAGUAACUAUCGUCGGAUCACCAGAAUCACAGUGGAAAGCUCAAUACUUAAUUUUCGAGAAAAUGCGCGAGGAAGGAUUCGUGGGCGGAACCGAGGACGUCCGAUUGACAAUCGAGAUUCUCGUACCAAGUACUCAAGUUGGCCGAAUCAUUGGCAAAGGUGGACAAAACGUUAGAGAAUUGCAACGUGUAACCGGAAGUAUCAUAAAGUUAUCGGAACAACAAUCCACAUCUCCUUCUGCCGAUGAAGAAGCAACCGUCCAAAUAAUUGGCCCUUUCUUCUCUGUUCAGUCGGCACAGAGAAGAAUUCGCGCUAUGGUUCUACAGUCAUCUGGUGCACCUGGAGCAGGUGUCGCAGGCUCACGCGCUGGUCGUGGUAGCAGCCAAGAAGGUGGUUCUCGUACUCGAAGAGAUGGCAGUGCCACGUCCCAACAAGGUGGCACAGCGUCGCAGCACUCAGCUCAACAACAAUCUAGUACUUCGCCUUCUAAUCAACAGCAAUCACAAAAUCAGUAACGUCACUGAAACUUACAUGACGCCGACCAACGCCUCAGAAAAUCCGUUUGAAUCGCCGGGGUGGCCUUCGUCGCUUUGACAUUCUCUCGUAAAAGGCUACGUGCGACCUCCUUCUCGCGGGCUAUGUAUCCUUCGAUGUGCAUGAUACGAACGGUACUUCGCGAAAGCUAUCGGUUCAAAAUGUCACGUACAGUACCCGCGCGCGCGCGCGCACACACACACACAUGCAAUAGGAUCGAAUAAUAUUUAAAAUCAUAAUAUAUAGGUUUGAUUCGGAACGGUAAGAUGUGACAUGAUCGAUGGCUGUUCUUGUCUUGUUUCCUCCCCCAGCUCCCUUUUAUACCGUAGUUGGUCUUGUACGCGAGUUCAUUUGUCGUAAGUACAUUUUGUCGCGCGUCACCGAGAACGCAAUAGAUAUAGAGCGUUUUAUUUUUUAGACAGAUUUUUGCAACAGAACGAAUGGUAAAUUACGUUAUUGUUGACCGAUUGCCAUCGAUCGUGACACUCGGCCUACGUCGUGUUCAACAACGAGCCUCGUGGCUCAGGAUACACAGCUCUGUGAAACGAAAGCGAUGCAGAGCACCGCGUUGAAUCAGACGGAAGUGUGCACGUUAGCCAACGAAUACGCAUCAUGCGAGACGAAGUGAGACGAAAAAUUUGCUUCCUGCCCAUUCGAAGCGGGGAUGAUAAGUUAUAAUCGAUUCGUCCGUCGAAGAGAUAUACAGAUUGUUCGCUCACUUCUUCUACGCGCGUUACAGCACGUUUCGUUGCGAGUUUGCUUAAUUCAGAAGUUGAAGCGACGAGUGGCACUCGAACGAAUCGAUUACGCAACGUUAACGAAACCACCUCGUCGAUGAAAUAGGAUACGAUGAUAAGAAAAAAAGCAUACACAACCUUAUUACCUCAUUCAUUACCGUUAAAGAUUUAAUAUGAUAAUGAAAAGUGAAACGAGAGAAAGGAUAAAAACCAACUAAUCUAAAAAAAGAAGUCUACAUAAUAUUAAAGUUAUAAUAAUAUACAGAGAAGUUAAGUAACGAUUACACAAUUACGUUAUACAUGUUACUACUACAACUACUAUUAUUACUAGUACUAUUACUACUGCUAUUAACUAUCUACUUACUUCUACUAAGUACACUAUACAGGAAAGCGGUUUUUUUUUUUUUUUUUUUUUUUUUUUUUAAAGAAAAGAAAAGAACUACUCUAGGUACAGUUUUUUUUAUAUCACAACACAGAGAGACAUUAAUUAACGAGACUUAAUUAUCGAAGAAAAUGUGAACGAAACGUGACUCGUUCUACGGUUAGACGUAAGCCGGAAAGUUUUCAUGGCAGAUUCCCUCAUCCCCGCCCCUCUCGCGCCUGUAAUACCAAAGAAGCGAUUACGAGUUUUUGCGUAUUAGUGAAGUGAAAAUGCGUGACAUGCGUAUGGCGCGUUGAACGCUCUACUCGCCUCAAGUUCCUUGCAAGAGUCAAGAAGAGCAGCGGGAGGGGCGAAAGACACAACGUAGACGGGUCGCGUCUGCUGGGAAUCGACGAGUGGUUAUUGGCGUCGAAAACAGCAAAUGGAAGGAGAUACCGACGAGAACAACAUCCUUCGUCGUCGAGUCGCUUUUUUGCAAAAGUGAUCGGAAUGAAGAAACUGAGUCAACUACGAAGCAAAGACGCUUGCAAGAAAAGAGUAUAAACGAGAGGAUGAAUACCGAGGAAUUGUUCGACGUUGUACAUGGAACGGACGUUGUUUCGUGCUACGAGAAGGAUGUUCCGCAAAGAGAGAGGAAGGGAGAAUGAAAAAGCGACCGUUGGUACGCACGAGAAAGCGAGAAUCGAUCGCUUUCGAGGAGAGGACAAAUGUAAGAAGUUUCAGAGACCGAAAGAAGAGCAAAAUGAUAAGACGGUUGCUACUAACUAUGAAACCUUUUCAGGGAUUUUUACUUUAUAAAUGAAUGUAAUAAUGUGUGAGUGUGCGUGUGUUGAAUACUACUAUUAAUUGAUAAGUAAUUAAUUACUGGUUAGGCUUAUAUGGCAAAGAAAUACAAGGAAGAUAGAUUAGGAUAAUCGAGAGAAAAGAACCGCAGAAAGGGGAAAAGUGGGAAAAGUGCUGGAGGUGGAAGAGUGAUAUUUGACGAGAAAAAGGCAUCGUGAUUAUGUAUUUGAUGUCGCUCUUCGCCUCGUGAUGCGAGCGUGGAUAUCGCCAGCGAGUCGUCGAAUAAACGAAGAUGGUACGUCUGCGAAUUUUUAGGAAAUUCCGGUCCUCAACGAUCUUUGUAAAUUCUGUAAUUAUUUCUUUUUUUUUCUCUAUUUUUCUCUUGUUUUAAUUAUAUAUAUAUAUAGAUAUAUAUAUAUUAUAUAGUCGUAUCACUAUUAGGAUAGCAAAUACUAUUACGAAUACGUUAAAAAAUUUAAUAAAAAGCGUUAGAAACUCGCAGCGAUAUCGCGUUUCCGGCACGGCGCGUACUAUCGAUCACGAUAAUUCUUACGAUUCUUUCUGCGGCAAUUGCUUGUAUAUCAUCAGCGAAAGAGAUAAUACAAAAUUCGAGAAGAGUUCAAAGAUCGAGUGUUUUUAACGUUGAAGAGACGAUAGGUGGACGCGAUGGAAAGAUAACGUUUUCCAUUAACGAAGAAUAUUCGUGACCGAUUGCGCGUAACUCCUAAAAGUCUUAAGUUUUGAUUUAUGAAAGCAGAAGCAAAAAAAAAAAAAAGAAGGCAUGAGUCUAACAAGUUGAAGGAUACGAUGGUUCGCACAUGCAUCGUACGGGCAGGAAACGUUUUCGCUCGAAACGGGAAGAUCGAUCGUGUAAGAGAUUUUAUGGGAAAAAACGGAGAGUGGGAGGGAGAGUUGAAGAGGUAGAUGAAAGAUGAAAAACACGGUGAAAAGAAAGCUAAACGUUUCAGGACUAUUUAAAACGGUGAAGUGAAUUUGCACUAAUUUAUCGAAAGAGACUCGAGGAACUGUUCGACGGGCUAGAUCCGUUUCAGUGAUUUAUAAACGUGACAGAGGAUAAAAAAAGAAAAAAAAAAAGAAAAAAGAAAAAAAAAGGAGAGAAGAUAAAUUAACGGACUGACAGACGCAUCAUCGCGUGCCACGAGAAGAGUAUUCGCAAGUUCGUUGAAUCUCUCCGCCAUCCAAGUUUCAUUUUGAUUCUAUUAUAGGAACCCUGUCAUCGUUUCGUACGUUUUAAUUUCUCCUAUCGAUAACAGAAAGUUUCGCUACCGGCAGAGAUUGUAAAUCACCUAGCGUUAGCCAGAUUUCCUUGAAAUUUCGUGGCGCGUGAUCGAUGCUCAAUUAGUACGUUGAACCUGGUGGCCGGCAUUCGCGCAUAGCGACGAAGACGGUAAUCCCUUCCGGUUCACGGAAUUGAUCGGAAGACAGGGUCGUCGACCGUCGGUUCACCUCAUGGCAUUUGGUAUGCGUUUAGUACAAAAAUACACGAGUUUAAGGUAGGUAGGAGGGAAUCCAGUUUUACGAAAGAGAAAACGUGUACGUUGAAUGGAAGGGAAUUGUUAUAUCGCGUGUUAGGAUUUUUGUUUAUCGGGUGAGAAGGCAAACGGAUUACAGAGAAACGAACUUCUGUUGAGUGUGCGUAGCAAUACUACUACUAUCGGCGGAUAAUGGAAAAUUGAACGAUGGAGAGAAGGUAUGCAGAGGAAAAAAUAAAGAGACGAACGCGAGCGGUGGAAGCUCGGUGCGCCAAUGCUCUCCGCUCUCUUGGCUUUUUCUUUUUCGCUGCAUCUCGAAGAGGAGGAGGAGUAGCGCCGGAAGGAUUAAAAGCAUAAGGAAAGAAAAUGAGAAAGAAGACACGACGAUGCAGAGAGAUAGAGAGAGAGAGAGAGAGAGAGGGAGGGAGAGAGAGGGAGAGGAAGAGAGAGAGAGAGAGAGAGAAAAGGAGGGCGGUAUAACGAAAGAAGCGAACUCGAGCGAGGACAGAAGGAAAAAAGAGUUAACGACGCCGGAUUUGAGUGGAAAAGGAAAAAGAGACAAAGCGGAUAGAAAGGGAAGAACUACGUGAUGAGAGAAGCGAGAUAGCAACGUGAAAAAAAGCGAAAUGAAUCUAAGAGUAAUAAGUUUAUUUUUGAUACCUUGUUGGGGAGAUCUAAGUGAAUCUUUCUUUUUCAAUUUUUUUGUUAGACGUUUUUAAUAACUUAAUGAAUUUUAACGAUAUUAAUAAAAAUAAAAAAGCGAAGUGCGACGAAGAAAGUCUGAAAUGUUUUUUAAAUAGAGUUAUAAGGAGAUUAUAAGGUGGAAGGUGGUGUAGAAGAAGCGAAGCGGAGUGUUUUUCGUAAAAGAAUAUGUAACUUAAAGAUUUAAAAGAAAGAGAAAAAAAAAAGAAGAAGAAGAAAGAGAGAUGGGCGUAAAAGAGAUGGAAGAGAUAAGAUAAAGCAAGGUUUAAAAGGGCACGGCGCGCAGCUUUUUGCGCUGUGCGCGUCUGUAGCUCAUCAGGGGAGGGGGGGAUAAAGGAAACUUUAGUCGGGUAAAUUGUAUAAUAUAUUUAAUAUAUUUGGAGAGAACGGCGGCGCAAGGUCCGCUCGGCAAGCGAACGUCGUUUCAACGGCGAGCGACAAAGGCGAUCGGGCUCGCAGUUUUAUGUGACGCGAUUUUCGUCGUUGUCGCUUCCUGGAAAUGCUUCCUCGCCCGCAGGCCUUCGCUUCCGUACUUAUUUAUGAAACGUAAAUAUUUAAAGAGACGAGAGUGAUUAACGUUUUGUAAAGUAAGAAUAAAAGAGGAUUAAAACGAAGAAGAAUAAAAAAAAAAAGAAGAAAAAAAAGAAUAGAAAGAACGGAAAGAAAAACGAGGAAAGUGCCAAGAGACUAAAAUGAAUAUGCACACAGCAGUAAGAGAAUAACGGAACAGACAUCGUUUUAUAGAAUAACCACGAAACCAUAGAACGAUAAACGAUAAACGUAAAUCCGCCAGAUAGAAAUCCAUAGAACAAAGGGAAGAUGCAACACGCGACAAAACGAAGAUACGCAACGGUUUCGUAAUCAUCGGCAACAACGUCAAAUUAAACGGAAAGAUUCGCUUUACCGACCAAAAAAAAUCAUUUACGCCAAUUCGAAAUCACUUGACACUCCUUUUUCCUGAAACGACGAUACACAUCGAGGGAACACGUUCGGAAUUCAUUGAUUUUUUCGGCCAAAACAACGAAUCCAAAUUUUUCACGUAUUUUUCCACGGUCGAUCGCACGCGAAAAGCGUGCCAGAAAAAAAAAAACGACAGAAACGCAAAAUGUAUAGAGAAGCACGACGCUAGUAAGAGUUACUAUCGCUCUUUUCACAGAAUUUCGUUGUUGCGCGGCGCGAGAGAAGACACUUGGCGGCAACAACAAAAUCCAUCGCCCCCAACCCCUUUUCGGAAUAUCUCUUUGUAAAAAAAAUAAAAAAAAAAAAUAAAAAAAGUAAAAAAAAAGAAAGAGAAAAA